CCGCUUUGUGUGUGAUGCGCAUCGUUUGAAUUACGCAUGAAGUCCCAUUGAUUGCUCGAUUUGAUCUCGCUUGAUGUUUGGGUCCAUCUGGGAUAGAUUUGCAACGUGAGGCGGAGUUGUAAGUCAGAAAUGCCAAGCUCAGAAAAACAUUCUCGCAAAGAUAAAAACAAACAUGAAAAGGAAAAGUGGCACGUCAAGACACUUGAUGAGAUAAAAGAAGAGAAAAAAAAGAAGAAGGAAGACGAGGAGAAGAAGAAGAAAAGCAAGGAUCCAGGGAAAGAGAUGGUCAGAGAAGAGAAAGCUCCAAGACAACGCCACAUCUCAUCAGGAGAUGAAAAGGUGGACGAUGAUGAAGAUGACGCCCUGAACAUCCAGCCUCCACAGGCCAAACCAAGCUCACUUAAAGACACCAGGCACGGCAAAGAUGAGAAGAGAAAGCAUGCUCGAUCACAUAGCAGAGAUAAAGACAGAAAGAAAACAAAGAGAUCGAGAUCAGCAGAGAAGGGCAAGCCGUCUCGGAGCAAGGAUUCUGAGCGAGAUAGGGAUCGAGAUCGAGACAGAGGCCGGGAGAGAAGGCGAGACAGAGACCGAGACGACAACAGCAGGGACAAAGAUAAGAAAUCACGCAAGGACCCUCAGGAUGAUUCAAGAGCAGCGCCCUCUGGUGGUCAUAGCCAUCAUGAAGACGUUCGACCUUCAGGUUCUAGUAGUCAAAGUCAUCAGCCCGAUCUCCGUCAGAUGAUCGUUGAUAGACGGGAUGAUACGAGACAAGUUACAGUCGUAGGAGACAGAGCACAACAGAAGGAAACCGAGAGAAAAUCAAGAGAAGGGAAGAAAGAAAGUGAACGUGAGAAGGAAAGACGGGAGGAUAGACAUGAAGAGAGACCCAGAGAUAGAGAGAAGAAAGAGAAGAGCAGAGAUUCCUCCACCAAGCAUGAAGGAAGUAAAGAGAAGAGUAGAUCCAGAAGAGAUGAACUGAUAGAAGAGAGAAGAGAAGGCUCAAGACCAAGUAGCAAAGAGAGGACGUCGGGAGGAAGUAAUCGAUCAGACGACAGAGACUCAAGGUCAAAAAGAUCAGAUCAAUCUUCAACUCAUAGAGAUAGAAGUCCACAUCGAUCAUCUAGGGAUGAUAAAAGAAAGAGGGAUGAGAGAAGAAAAGAAGAGCGGGAAUCAGAACAUGACUCUGACCAACGAAGAUCCAAAUCAUCUUCCAAAGCCUCCAAAUCAAACGAGAGAGAAAGAUGGAAAGAAGAUAGUGAAGAACGUCAGAGAAGAGAGGAGCGGAAGAUGGAGGAAGAAGAAGAGGAGGAAGAGAAGGAGGAGGAGUAUGAGAGGAAAGAAAUAGAAGAACUAGAAGAAGAGCAUGAGGUUGAGGAGGAGAAUGCAUCGUCAUCGGAAGAAGAAGAAGAAUCAGACGAUGAAGAGGAAGACGAUGAGGAAGAGGAAUCUUCAGAGGCAGAGUCUGAAUCCGAAGAAGAGGAAGAAGUCGAGGAGAUCAAAGAAGCCUCCAGCUCAGAGGAGGAAGGGUCUGCUGAAGAAGGAGAGGCUUCAGCGGGAGAUUUAGAGGAAGGUGAACACAAAGAUUCUGAUGAUGAAGAAGAAGAAGAGGAAGAAGAGGAGGAAGAGGAGGAGGAGGAAGAAGAAGAAGAGGAGAGUGAAGAAGAAGAAUCAGACUCUGAUUCUGAAUCACAAUCAGAGGAAGAGAGUGAGAAGUCGGUCAGUGAGGUUGACCAUGAGGAGAUGCAGCAAGAAGAGGAGAAAGCAAAGGUCAAACAGGAGAAGGAAACAGACUCUUCCAAGAUCUAUGUCCAUGCCAAGUCCAAGUUUGACGAUGACAGUCCCAGCCCGAUCCGUGAGCUGCCCGGUCUGGUGCAUGAGGAGGAGGAGAUAGAAAACGAGGUGGAGGAUCAGAGCGAUACCGAGUACCUCCAGGACUCUCCCGUUGCCUCCCCCGUUGAGCUGGAGGAGACGCUGCCUCCGUACCUCCCUGCCAUACAGGGAUGCAGGAGCGUGGAGGAGUUCCAGUGUCUGAAUAGGAUUGCUGAGGGUACCUAUGGUGUGGUGUACAGAGCCAAUGAGAAGAAGAAAAAUGACAUUGUUGCUCUAAAAAGGCUCAAAAUGGAGAAGGAAAAGGAAGGUUUCCCUAUCACCUCACUGCGAGAGAUCAGUACACUACUCAAGGCUCAGCAUAGGAACAUUGUUACUGUUCGGGAGAUAGUUGUUGGUAGUAACAUGGAUAAGAUCUACAUUGUAAUGGACUACGUUGAACAUGAUCUGAAAUCACUGAUGGAAACCAUGAAACAACCCUUCACUAUCGGAGAGACCAAAUGUUUGAUACUCCAGCUCCUCCGUGGAGUGCAUCAUCUCCAUGACAACUGGAUCCUCCAUCGAGAUCUCAAGACCUCCAACCUCCUCCUCAAUCAUCAGGGAUGUCUCAAGAUCGGGGACUUUGGACUAGCUAGGGAGUAUGGCUCCCCUAUCAAACCAUACACAUCUAUCGUGGUUACUCUUUGGUAUAGAGCUCCAGAACUGCUUCUUGGCACCAAGGUCUACUCCACUCCUAUUGAUAUGUGGUCUGUUGGAUGCAUCUUCGCUGAGUUCCUCACCAUCAAACCCAUCUUCAAUGGACGAUCAGAAAUCGACCAACUCAACAGGAUUUUCAAGGAAUUAGGAACACCGAGUGAGAAGAUCUGGCCUGGUUAUAAUGAGCUGCCUGCCGUCAAGAAGACCACCUUUGCUCAUCAUCCGUACAACAAUCUCAGAAAUCGAUUCGGGACCUACCUCACAGAUGUUGGGUUUGAGCUCCUCAACAGAUUUUUGACCUGACCUGUUCGUCGCAUCUCAGCAGAAGACGCCCUCAAGCAUCCCUACUUCUCGGAGUCUCCGCAGCCAAUCAGUGAGAACAUGUUCCCUACCUGGCCUGCUAAGAGUGAGAUGGUCAGGACCAAUAAACCUAGGAGUCCACAGGCACCCGAAGGAGGGCAGCAGUUUGCUAAACUGGAAAAAGAGGAGGAAGAUUCUGGAUUCAGAAUGGCGCUACCAACCCAGGGAAGCUCUGCUGCGAGUGCAGGGUUUAGUCUCAAGUUCUAAUGGCACCGGAAGCAGCUUUCAAGAUCUGCAUCAUCGAUGUUUGGGAAAGUUGUUGCAGGGACCAGGAUAGUCGAGGAGUGCUUUGGUAUCAGCUGUGAAACUGGACAGUGUGCUGAACAAGAACCUUCAUCCAAGAGGCAUAAUCAACUGUGAUAUUUUUCAUCACCAAUGUUAAAGCCCCACUGCACUACUUACAACUACUUGCGCCCUCUAUAUAGCAAACAAUGCCUAAUCAGUGACCAUUGGUCCCCCAUGAUCCUCUUUUUCUGAUGUUAAUUGAGAGCUGAUUUGAUGAGAUAACCACCUGUCCAGUGACCUUGCAGGGUAGUCUAAUCCCUCCUAUACACUUGUACAGAUGGGCUUUAAAUGUUGUUUCAGCGACCAUGAAAACCAAGGAGCAUAGUUAGGCAUCAGCAGCCGGGAGACCGAGCUUUGGGUUGAGAAAAAAGUGCACUCUGUCAAGAGAUGUAAUCAUCAAUGUAGCUUUGCCUCACUGAUGUGACUUAUUGUUGCAGAGACCAAGACAGUCUGGGCACCGUCUAGUUGUGACCCUUGUUCUGUCUGUAUGUUUUCAUUUCUCAUUCAGUACAGGUAAACAAAAAUGGGUAUGAAAAUGUUGAGGCCCAUAGUCUAAAAUUCAGUUAAACCUGACCCUGGGCCUAAAAUUGUGUGUAACAAAAGGAAAGUUGGACCUUAGAUUAAAUUUCGUUGAUUUCGGACAAAAGCCUGAACCCGAUGUCAGCAUUAAAUUUGGGCUGUUGCAUUCAACUUCAUGAAAGUUAGUUCAGACUCAACUUGCAUGUUACCCAUUUGUUUUGGGAACACCAACCUUUUUUUAUUUCAUACAAAUAACCAUAACAAAAAAGAAAGUCAUGAAAUGAAGAUGAAAUUAAUUUAAUGAGGGUAUAAUGUAAUGUAAUGGUUUGUUCAUUAAGUUGAGGAAAAAAAAUAGAAUUGUAAAGGAUUGAAAAGAUCAACACUUGAUAAUGCAUAAUGAUUAAUUCAACAUCACAUUAAUCUGCAUGUAACAUUACUUAAACAGCAAUGCAACUGGCUUUGAAAUUAACUAAGAUUUUUUUCCAGAAGUUGUUUGUAAUGAUGUCACUUUUUUAAAUUUUUGUACCUUGAUGUUCAUGGAUAUUCUUGUACUUUCAUGAUAUGUUUUGAGAAGAAAAAAAGCAGAAGGAAAAAUAAGAGGAAGGAUGAACAGAGGGUUGAAGAAAAGAAGAAAAAUAGUACCAUUUGCGAUAACACUGGAUUCACCUGUUAUAACUCUUCACACAUUUUGUAUUUUGCAUACAGUAUAUGAUAUUCUUUGAGCGACUGUAAUCAAAUCAUAUGUCAUACAGUGACGCUUUCUUAGGCACAGAUUGGUCAUUCAAGUUCUUUUCAAACAUGGUAUACAAACAUCUAAACUUAAAUUUCCAAUUUGUGUUUAGAAAAGCAUCUUGUGCAUUUAUUAGGCACACCAUACAUGUCUCGAGUGAUUGAUUAAAUGUAAAUAUUUUUGUGCUGGAUAAAAUUUCCACUUUGUAAUAAAUAUAAACUGUUUUUUAUGAAACAGA